AUGCCGCCCCACUUUUUCGAGCAGGGGCUGAGGCUGAACGCGGACGGGUACUUUUCCAUGCUGGACACCGUCGUGAAGCCUUGGAUCACGAGAGUGACCAACGGCAGACCGUACGUGUUCCAGCAGGAUUCCGCUCCGUGCCAUACAGCCUCCAAAACGAUAAAGUGGUUGGCGGCCAAUUUCAACGACUUCACCUCGCCGAAUGUGUGGCCUCCCAGCUCACCGGAUCUUAAUACAAUAGAUUAUUUCGUGUGGGGCGCGGUGGAACACCAACAGAACCUCCAGCAACACCAAGGCGGAACGGAUGGCGAAAAUCAGGUCCGUUUUCGCGGCCCUACCCCGCGAAACUGUCGCCAGGGCUUGUUCCCGGUUCCGGAGACGGGCGGAGGCCCAUCAAUGGCAAAUGUUGAAGAUUUUCGUAAAUUGAUGAAAUCUCUGAUUGUGUGCUCGAAAGUGGCCGGGGUUGAGAUGUGGACUGCACCGGGAAAGCUUAAACCAGCCUCGUAUUACCUUUCGUUUCAUAUAACAGUAUAUUUUGUCAGCACUGUUUGGACACUAAGAAAGUACAUCGAUGAUCCAAUUCAUAUGAUGAAGGUCCUCAUAACGAUGGGAACUGCUGUACAGCUCUAUAUCAAGUUCUUUGUAGCACAUUCGAAAGCCCAAGAAGUCAAUUUAUUUACCGUGGAACUGGAGCAAGAAGUGCUUAAACGUUAUCAAAAUGGGUCUGAGGAGGAAACUGCUGUGCUUAGACGUACAGGUCGCAUUCUUUGGAUAGUCUUUCGUUUGAUGAGUGCGUCAUAUAUCUUCGUUGCAGUCGCAUUUGGACUUUAUCCAGCAUUUUAUUACAUUGCAACGGGAAAAGUGGUGCCUUUGUUUCUGUACGAACUCCCGUUUUUCAAUGUGAGCACUUCUUUAGGGUACGCCGUAACGAUGGGUUUUCAAAUUAAUCUGUUGGCAAUUGGAGUUCUAGGAGCAAUACUGUCAGAUUUCAUGUUUUUCAUGUACGCAAUGUACGCUAUGGCUAGGGCAGACAUUUCGAUAGUGCAUCUUAGGGAGCUAGAAAACAUACUCAAUGAUCCUAAUCCUAAGAAUGAAAAACACUCUGCGGAAUUACGUCACAAGUGGGUCCAGUGCAUGCACGAUCAUCAGCAGUCAACCAGUUUUUUCAGCACAAUUGAAAACAUUUUUGGACUCAUGUGUUUAGCACAGGUUUCAACUGCAACAUUGUCAAUAUGUGACGCAAUGCUUUUAGUGCUUUUGACUGAUUGGUACCCAACGUAUUCCUACCUGUAUGUGAUGUUCGUUCAACUUUCAGGGUUCUUUGUGAUUGGACAUUUGGUAGAGCUUAAGAUUGACGCAUUGUAUAACAAGAUCAUCUCUAUGCCUUGGUAUAGGCUACCAGUGAAGGAACAGAAGGAAUUUAGAUUUCUAUUGAGCCGUCAGCAAUGUCCGAUGAUACUGACAGCGUAUGGCUUUCAUCCCAUGAACUUUGAGACUUACAUGAGUGUUUUAAAGGGUUUGUACCAGUUUUUCGUGAUGAUCAUGCAGUAUAUUGGCUGA